AUGGUUUGGCUUUUCCCCUGGAUGUUCUGUAGCAACUUGGGGACAGUGGUGGAGAUGAAGCAGAUGUCCACCAAGAACAGGCUGGAGAAAAAGAAGUACAUGGGCAUGUGGAACCAGACCCACACCAGGGAGAGGCCAUAUGACUGCGAGCAGUGUGGGAAAAGCUUCAGAACUAGCUCCAACCUGCGUGAGCACAGCCGGACCCACACCGGCGAGAGGCCACUGUAUGAGUGCAAGCAGUGUGGGAAAAGCUUCAGAAGUAGCUCAAACCUGUGUGAGCACAGCCGGACCCACACCGGGGAGAGGCCUUAUAACUGCGAGCAGUGUGGGAAAAGCUUCAGUUCUUCCUCGGGCCUGCGUAUUCACAGCCGGACCCACACCGGGGAGAGGCCAUAUGACUGCAAGCAAUGUGGGAAAAGCUUCAGUUCUUGCUUGGGCCUGCGUAUUCACAGCCGGACCCACACCGGGGAGAAACCGUAUGAGUGCAAGCAGUGUGGGAAAAGCUUCAGAAGUAGCUCAAACCUGUGUGAGCACAGCCGGACCCACACCGGGGAGAGGCCUUAUAACUGCGAGCAGUGUGGGAAAAGCUUCAGUUCUUCCUCGGGCCUGCGUAUUCACAGCCGGACCCACACCGGGGAGAGGCCAUAUGACUGCAAGCAAUGUGGGAAAAACUUCAGCAAUAGCUCAGGGUUGCGUAGGCACCGAUGGACCCACACUGGGGAGAGGCCUUAUGUCUGCCCGGAGUGCGGGAAGGGGUUCCGGGACAGCAGCAAAAGGACCAAUCACAUGCUUAUCCACAGGCGAUGA